AUGGAUGUCGAUUGCGCCUAUUCCGCCCUGAACCAAACGUAUGAACAUGGCCAUCCGGUGGGCUACCUGGCCCUGCUCAAUAUUUUGAUUCAACUUUUGCGGCCGGAUAUCCUCGACAAAGAGAAUCAGCCGAAAAUUACUGCCGCUGAGGACUUGGCGGAGAGCUAUGACUUCGUUGUCAUCGGGGCUGGAGCGGCGGGAGCUGUAAUUGCGAACAGAUUGACGGAGAAUUCGAACUGGACGGUUUUGCUCCUGGAAGCUGGAGGAGAGGAACCGAUCAUUACCGAGGUGCCUUCCACGUACUUGAGCAUCCAAGGAACCGACAUAGACUGGGAUUUCGAGGCGGAACCUUCCACGACCUAUUGCAAGGGCAUGACCGACAAUAGAUGCAAAGUGCCCAGAGGUAAGGUGCUCGGUGGCAGCAGUACGACAAAUUCGAUGAUUUACGUGCGCGGGAACAGCAAGGACUACGACGAAUGGAGGGACCAAGGAAACCCGGGAUGGGGCUACGAGGACGUUCUGCCGUAUUUUAUAAAGUCGGAGAACGUCUCGAUCCCGGAGCUUCGUAAUUCGCCUUACCAUGGAACCGAGGGAUAUCUGACGGUGGAAAAUUUCAAACACAAUAGUCGGGUGGAAGAUUUGUUUCUACAAGCUAGUCGCGAAUUGGGAUACGACGUGAUCGAUGCGAACGGAGAAUCUCAAAGUGGCUUCAUGAUAUCACAAAUAACUGUCAAAGACGGUUUGAGGUGCAGUACGGCGAAAGCUUUUCUUCGCACCGCCGCCCGCAGGAAGAACCUUUUCAUCAGCACCGAUUCUUUGGUACACAAAAUCCUUAUCGAUGAAAAAACGAAAACUGCCUACGGCGUCAAAUUUCGUAGAGGCGAAAAAAUGUACACCGUAAACGCCAAGAGGGAAGUGAUCCUAUCGGCGGGAGCGAUACAAUCCCCCCAACUUUUAAUGCUCUCUGGAAUCGGGCCAAAAAAGCAUCUCAAAGAGAUGGGAAUCCCGGUGAUUCAUGACCUCCCUGGCGUUGGUGAAAAUUAUCAGGAUCACGUGAUCCUUUCGGGGUUGGUAUAUUUGAUGGAUCGCAUUCCCUUCGAAGACUACUGGAAUAGCACGAACUCAGGGACAUCGUCGGCCGCGAAACAAUUCUUGGAAGAUCACAACGGCCCGAUGUACGACCUUCCAGGCGCCGGGGCGAUGGGCUUCAUUAGCACCAAGUACUCUACUCCGGAUUAUCCGGACGUUCAACUCAUAUUUGGUCCACGAGGCGACAACUCAUACGACUCUCGUUUCAUGGAACAGGUCAGUGGUAUAAGAGCUGAGACGUACAAGAACCUAUACGAGGACGUAUUGGGUCAAGCGUCGUAUCGAUUACCCGUAGCAAUUUUGCGCCCGAAAAGCAAAGGGUAUAUUAAACUGAAGGACGCCAAUCCCGAGCACUAUCCGAUCAUAGUUCCGAAUUACUUCGGCGACCCGCAGGACCUCGAAGUUCUGGUUGAGGGAACGCUGCUGGCUUAUAAAUUCAGCCAAACUCCGACGAUGCAACGUUUCAAGUCACAUCUUAACCAAAAUCCGAUAAGUCCGGAAUGUGCGGAGUUUCCGUAUUUUUCGAAAGAUUAUUUACGCUGCCACGCGAGAUACUAUUCGCAAACUGCCGAGCAUCCGAGUUGCACCUGCAAAAUGGGUCCUGCUUACGACGACAUGGCGGUCGUGGAUCCCCGUCUCAGGGUCUACGGUAUAAAGCGUCUUCGGGUCGUCGAUGCUUCUAUAAUGCCUUCCAUCGUUUCCGGAAAUACUUACGCUCCGGCUGUUAUGAUCGGCGAAAAGGGAGCGGACAUGAUCAAGGAAGACCAGCUGCGCGGUUUCCGUAGAUAUUAGGCAAUUGUAAUAUUGCAUAAUAUCAUCAAGUAUCAAAGGACUCUUCGGAGUCGCACGCCAUUUACAUUCUUCUUCUACUUCCUAGUACAUCUCGCUGCACCUGAAAAGAACUUCAUUCGAGUCUCGCCAUUUCUAACAGUGAAAAAUACUUUUCGAAACACAAAUACUUUACAAAAGUUACGAGGAGUGUUCUCGCGAGUGGCUAUUUUUUUUUCAUUUGUGUAAGCCAUCAACAUGGUGAGCUGAAUGUCAUAAUUGAUGACGGAUAAACGAAUGUAAUUAUGAAGACAACUUGUGUGUAAACCAAUGUAAAUUGCUCACCUGAUUAUUUACUUAGAAUCUUCUGUUAUAAUAAGAAGUUCGGAAGUUUAUGAGA